UGCGGGUGCAACCUGGGUGUUUUAUCUCUCGUAAUACAACGUCAUUUUUACGAGAUGAAAACCUGCCGGGGCCGCCAACGCGCCUCGGGGCGCUCCAAACCCUCUCAUCUCGUCAGCAUGCCUGUCCAUUUCGCCGGCACCAAAGCUUUUGUUUCCCCGGGCGGCGCGCGGCGCUCUCCUUGGCCUUCUUUUCUCUCUGCUCGUUAUUGGUGCCGCUCUGACAAUGUUUGUUGCCUUUUGCGAGCCUCCUCCCUUUGCCCUCGGAUGAUGCUGCAGCCAAUGGCUAAUCCUUGACCGCCGUCGUGCCCCCUUCAUGGAAACGGAAGGGCAAAGUCAACAUGCGUGCCUUCGGCCGAGUGGAGGAGCGGCCCCCUUGAGCUUCCCCCUCCAAUGGAGACCCUGCAGGGCUCACCCUUGUCAGUCGCCAUAUGCUCGCUGUCCUGACGGCGGGCGGACGUUUGGUGCCAAACAGUGUGUUGUAUGCGUGUGCGCCGUAUAUUCGCUGUCACCAAGACGUGGACAGGCCGAGGGGGGCUGGAUGCAGCAGUCCGCCCGGAUGGGGAGACCCGUGAAAACAAGCCGGGAUAAAGAAAUCGGUGUGAAGAAAGAAAAAAAAGUUUGCCGCAGAAGAAAAUCGAACACUCGGUCCUGACACUCCACGAGAGCCGCACGAGCCGCAAGCCUUCCGACUGACCUCCAGCCGUGAUCCGAGCUGUCCACGGCCAGCACACAUUCUUAAAGCUGAGCAGGCCUUCACAAACGCCCUGGGGCUUGCCCGGCUUCCAGCAUUUGAACAAUAUCCCCAAGUCUCCCUGCCAGGUACUUGAAGGUGGCCACAGUGGCAAGGGCAGGCCGCCUGUGAGCCUGGAGGCCAACCACGGCGGCAACAUCCCUCUGGCUUUUCAAGCCACCAACACCCGACCGGCCCUUUCUGUGGCAGAUAUCUCGUUCCUCCUUCUCAGCAUUCGAGAAGUCGAGAUUCGACAAGCCCCCAGGCUGCUUCACUUCCCCAAGCCAAGCCCCAACAUCAUGACAGACACUCGUCUCCCACCACCGUCGGCUCGACAUUCACGCGCAUCAGACGACAGCGCUCCUCCCAACGUCGGCCCGUUGCCCAGCAUGGCGCGCUUGAGGAUACCACAGCACGAAGCAGACCCGGAGGCAGAGAUGACCAAGGCCGAGUCUGUAAACUCGGCGGGAUCAACGGCCGAUCUACAAACAACGCCGUCGAGGACCUCGUUAUCAGAAGAGCUGGGCGCCCCGACUGCCGCUUCGGAUCCGGACCCGGCUCCGCUGUCGCCCGUGCGCGCCGCGAUCCGCAACUUCUCAUCGCAGUGGUUCCUCGUGCCCCAGGGGACCGGCAUCACCUCGAUCGUGCUCUUCUCGCUCGAGUCCCGCUUCGACGGCCUGGACGUGAUAUCGUACGUCGUGUGGGCCUUCACGACGGUGUGCCUCGGGCUGAUGCUGCUCGCGUACGCCCUCCGGCUGGCCAUGUUCCCGCGGCACGUCCUCGGCCUGCUGGGCUCGGACCCGGCCGAGCUGACGUGCAUGUCGAGCAUCUCCAUCGCCUUCACCUCCAUCGUGCAGAUGAUCGCCCUUACGGCGGCGGGCUCGAGCAGCGACUGGGCCAUGGCUGCCGUGUCGCUGUGGUGGUUCAACAUGGUGCUGGCCGUGGCUUCCAUGAUCUUCAUCCCUUACUCGAUCCCGCACGCGCACGCGCCGGGCGUCGCCAGCCUCAUGCCCAACACGCAGCUGCCCAUGGUGGCCGCCAUCACCCUCGCGGCCGGCGGCGGCACGGUCGGCGGCAGCCCGUACCUGGACGGCCGCGAGGACCUGCGCGCGCCCGUCCUAUUCUUCUCGUACUUCUCGCUCGCGCUGGCCGUCCCGAUCGCGAUGGCCUACGCCACCAUGUACCUCGUCCGCCUCGUCGACGGCUCGCCCCCGGCCCGGGGCAAGGUGUACCAGGAGAUGAUCUUUUGCGGGCCCUGGGGCCAGGGCAGCUUCGCGCUCCAGGCGCUCGGGCAGGCCCUGCUCAAGAACGCGCCCGCGCUGGCGGCCUACAUGGCGGGCGGCGUGGUCAGCGAGGCCAUGGUGAACGUGCUAGGGUACAGCAGCGUGUUCCUGGGCUUCCUGAGCUGGAGCGCGGGCACCUUUUGGUGGGCCUUUGCCGUCAUGAGCACGGUCCGGCACCUCUUCCGCGCCUGGAGGCACAGCAGACAAGCCAGGUCGGCCAGCGACGCCGACGGCAUUGUGUACGAGGAGACGGAGAGAUAUUCCUUGGCCGUGUGGGCGUUGGUGUUCCCAUGGGGAGUGUACACCAACGCAGCAGUCAGGCUAGGAAAGGUGUUGGCCUCGAGGUUCUUCAGGACCUGGUCGACCGUGCUGGCCAUCUGCCUGGUCAUCCUGAUGCUCGUGAACCUGGGACUGACGGUGAAGGGGCUCUGGACCGGCCGUUUACUCGGCAUUGACCGACGCCGGCGGCCGGCGCAGCCAAAAGGGUACAAGUGAGGCCCGUAAUGGUAUCUGACGUUGUUUAUGGACACGCAGUGUCUUGUGCGCCGUGGGGGCCCGUUUGCCCGCCGUUGCUGGGCAGGGAGAUGAUGGGAUUAUGGCCUAGGGCGUGCACAAAGUGCCAAUGGCAGAAAUAAAAGAAUUGUCGAGGAAAAAGGUCUUGCAAUGUUGUGCCGUCUGAAGUCUUCUCCUCUGACCCACUUAUAACUGCAUCCACCAGCUUAAAGAUUUCUCCU